UAUGUUGUUGUGUUACUAUCGUUUUUUCCAAACUGGAUGAAGUACUAAUGUUCCAUGAUAAGACAACGAUGGAGCUAUAUCCAUGGAUUCAAUUCACGUGUAAUGGAUUAAAUUAUGGGAUGUGUUGAUACCUUUAAAUGGGAAACGUUUUUUCAACUAAGGAAAGCUGCCAGUUCAGAAUUGAUGUAAGACAUCAUCAUGCUAUCGCAUAGCAGCAGACUUCCGUGACAGCAGCAGAAUGGGCCGCAUCUUCCUGGAUCACAUCGGUGGCACGCGGCUCUUCUCCUGUGCCAGCUGUGACACCAUCCUGACCAACCGCACGGAGCUCAUCUCCACCCGCUUCACCGGCGCUACAGGAAGAGCCUUCCUCUUCAACAAGGUGGUGAACCUGCAGUACAGGGAGGUGCAGGACAGACUGAUGCUGACAGGCAGGCACGUGGUGAGAGACAUCAGCUGUAAGAACUGCAACAGCAAGCUGGGCUGGAUCUACGAGUACGCCACAGAGGACAGCCAGCGCUACAAGGAGGGCCGCGUGAUCUUGGAGCGGGCGCUGGUGAGGGAGAGCGAGGGGUUUGAGGAGCACGCUCCCUCAGGGAUCUCCUUACAGCCCAGCACCCCAGAUAACUGCUCUCUGGUGGGCUAGCAGCUCCUUCAGCAAAGAAUCCUGUUGAGAAUUGUGAGCAUCUUCUCACUUAGUGUUAGUCUUAGAGGUGCCCACCCAGGUGGGCGUAUUGCAGACGUGCACAGCAGAUAAACCACACCAUCGGUUCACAGUGGGUUGGUGACUGCAGGUCACUGGUCAGUCUGUGUAUGGAGGUGUGGUUGAAGAGCUUUGAGCUAAGCUUAGACAGGUGCUUUCUCACCUCCCAAUGUCACAGUAUCCCAGCAGCCAACUAACUACUGCCAUUAGUUGAGGCAGUUGGUUGGUUUUGUUCAGAGCUAAAUGGUGGAAUUCCAAACGAGUUAUCGGUGUAUAUCCAAUUGCAUACCUUUCACUUUACAUUUCAACAAGUUAGCUUAUAUUUGGAUGUUUGUAUUGAGUUUGAAUUCAAUUCUGUGUUGUACUUAUUUGACCAUGCUUCUCCCUCUAUACAGACUGUAGUUCUCAAGCUGCUGUCCUAUUCUAGAUCAGACUGGACUCCAUCUUCUAUUUACCGUUGAAACCAAUGGCUUUUUUAUUUUUAUUAUUGACCCUGUCCAGGUACCCAUUUCUAUUUCCUUGACAUCACUUUAAUACUUUAAUAAAGUGACAAAUCUGAAUCAACAUGAA